AAUCUUUAUUAAAAAUACGAUUUCCAUUUUUUUUAAUUAAAAAAUAAAACUUUCUUCGAUGGAAUCUCAAAAGCUAACUGCAGACGAGGAUAUGCGGCUGCAUCACAAGGGAGUUGUCUCGAGCGCGGCGAGAGGUGGAGCAGUAAGAAGCAGCGCGGUGGUGAAGCAAGCAGAGGAGGAGACGGCAGCGUCAACAGAAAAGGUGUCGUGGGUGCCAGAUCCAGUCACCGGAUGCUACAGACCGGGGAACACUGCCAACGAGAUCGAUGUUGCCGAAUUAUGCGCCAUCCUUUGGAAGAAACACUGAAUAAUUUACGCAUAAAAUUCAAAUAUAACAUGGAUAGGAUUUCUGUUGUUCUAGUGCUGCCCUAUGCAUUUCCUAAAUUAGAUGGAGCUCAUGGAAGGAUGUCAUGGCUUCUGCUUCUCUGUCCUUUUAACCUCUGUAUAGGGGACAAGCUAAAUGUAUGAAGUAAAUAAAUGGUAGAGCUUGUUCUCUAGUUCCUUGUUAUAAGAAUUGAGUAAUUAAUAGAUUAAUUAGCAUGAU